AUCCCACGAAUACUACGGGUGCAAACAACUCAUGCAAAGGAGCAAUAACAUCAUGCUGCAAAUCAUUCUUCCUUGUCUUGCAGCGGCGACUGUAAUGCUCUUGAUAAUUCACGCUCGGGGAGUACUUGACAAGAGUUCUCCCACCACUCCACAAACCAUGCCUUACACUAUACCAAUCCUAGGGAGUACCCUAUCUUUUGUGUUUGAUGGGCCCAAAUUUUUUCUCCAGGCCUCCGGCUUCUGUCAGGGCCGUUGGCCACUGCGCGUAAAUCUGCUGAAUGAUGAGAUCUACCUAGUCCAAGGGUCUAAGAACAUAACAUCUGUCUUCAACAACCCGGUGGUCACAGUGACGCGAGCUUAUGGUAUUGUGCUAAAGUAUUGCUUUGGAAUGGACCAGAAUGCGGUUGAUGUCUACGUCUCUGAUACGUCAGGUUCGCGACAUCAGCCUAUACCAGGUAGUCAAACGCCAUCAAGCCGCCGCGUAAGUUACCAUACACAUGAAAAUCUUGUCCAGGGUCUUCUAGGAAGCGGUCUUGGCCCAAUAACAUAUCGCAUGGAAGCAAGUCUGUUAGCUUGUUUAAACAAGGCAGUGCCGAACUCACCUGACUGGACAUAUGGGGAGGACCUAACGACGUUCUUUGAGGAGCAUCUCGGAACAGCCAUUCUGCAGACUCUUUUUGGGCCUCUCUUAUUAUCAGAAAAUCCGAACUUUAAUCGAAAUCUAUGGCAGUACGAUAAGCAGAUCAUGGCUUUGGCUAAGCGCUUGCCGGCCUGGCUGAUCCCGGGCCCGUACCGUUUGCGAGACGAAUUAAUCCGUGCGGUCAUGAAGUGGCAUCAACGGGCAACCGAACUCUCAGAAGCAAGUCCAGAGAAUACACUAGCCAAUGAAAGCGAGGUUGAUGCUUACUGGGGCUCAGCCAUGAUGCGCGAAAGACAUCAGAUGCUGCUGAAGAUCGAAGGGCAGGACCUUGAGUCGGUGGCAUCCACAGAUCUAGGCUUAAUUUGGGCUUCUGUCACAAAUGUUGUCCCCUCCACCAUGACUCUUUGUACUCAGAUAUAUCGGGAUGGAUCCCUUGUCAGUGACCUCCGCUCUGCGCUGCGCGCAUGCAUUCGGCCAGGGAAAAUUCCAAGUUUUGACAUCGAAAAGAUUGGGAAGCAACCGCUCCUACUCUCUAUGUACGCGGAAACUCUGCGCUAUGGGGUCCAGAUCCAUAUUCCCCGGUGCUCCCCUCACCAACCCAUAGUCAUGGGAGGUGCCAUCAUCCAACCUCAAAAACUAGUCUUUAUCAAUACUGCGCUGGCGCACAAUGAUGAACAGGUGUGGAACACCCAGGGGGGUCAGUAUCCGCUGGAUACUUUUUGGGCACGGCGAUUCCUCAUCGACCCGACCCAGAAGGACAGUGGGCCUUUGAAAUGCUUCUCCUCUUCGUCCGACCAAAAGACAAGGACAGAUCAAGACCAGCGCACAGAAAAAUUCACCAUCGAAGGAUUGGAAGGCAUUUGGAUUCCGUACGGAGGCGGGCAACAUGCAUGUCCCGGUCGUGUUGUAGCCAAGCGCAUUAUGUUGCUCACAAGCGCCAUGAUGGUAACCAUGUUUGACGUUGAACUUCUCGCAUCGGUAUCGGCUUUACGCUUUUCAUCGCCGCGAUUUGGGUUUGGGGUUCGGAAGCCAUCGAAGCAGGUGCCAUUUCGUAUUCGGCGUCGCACCGACUUAACAAAGAAGGGUGAGUGACUACUGGUCAGCGCUCACUUUGUAGGCCAAAUGAGCAGUAGUUACUGCAGAUUGGUCCACUGAUAUGGUAGUCAGAUACUAAAUUUAACUUCAUGUCUCAUUUUGGCCAUUGCUGCAGCUGCACCAAUUAACAUGCCUGAGCCUGAGCAAGAGACGGCUAUAAUCUACGCUCCCUUUCUCACCUACGAAGAUUAGUGGGUAUACGAUAUCUCCUUAUUCUGCCUCAUCACAACUACAA